UUCCGCCAUCGUAGUUGAGAUUGGCACUGCCCUGACUUGCCGCCGCGGCUGUGCUUCACCACAGACGGCCGAGCGCGUUGCUUGGCUUCGUCUCUUCGUGACUCGAGUUGUUCGGAAAUUCGUACGCGAGCUCGAGUCGACGCCGCACUCUAUCUGAUGAUACCACCCGGUGAUACUAAGUCGUAUUUGCGCUCGUAACUAUUAAACACCAUAACUGUGACUCCGAGCUUCGUGUGCUACCCCGUUAUCUCGAGACAAUGCCCCGGGAGAAGCGCGGAGCAAAGAAAACCCAGUCUGCCGCCGCGGCAAAUCGCGACAGGAAGGCGGCCGAGAAGCGCGCCAAGAAGAAGGCAGCCCUCGAGGAAGACGAACGCAAACGUGACCGCGAAGAGCGCAUGAUCGAGCUGCCUAUGCACCCCGACGACGAGCCUUUUGUGAUACGUGCUACGCAAGUGCCCCCGCCCCGUAGAAAGCGCCCUGCGAACGCCGCCUUUGACGAUCACGCUGGGGAUAGCAUCAGCGCCAGCACUCAUCGGAGCACGAGGGCCAGGCGCCGUGGCCGCCGCGACCCCGACGAGGACGUCGAAGGGGAGGUGGCCCCCAAGAGCCUCCUCCCCUGGGAGAAUGAUAAAAGGUUGGAGCAGCCUCGCUCUGCGUCCGACCUCGGCUAUGAUUCAGGCGAUGUGACUCCGGGCCUGGCCCUAGACCCGGAACCUAGCAGCAGCGGCGGCUUCACCACCGCGGUAAUGGGAGAUCUCGGCAAGCUACCCCCGGAGAUCCUGGACGAGGUGCUCCGCUGCCUCCUCGUGCACGAGGCCGACAUCCGCGUGCUGCGGGGCUGGUCGCUCGUGUACUCGCGCGGGCGGCCGAACCUGGACCUGGGGGUGCUGCGGACGUGCCGGAUGCUGCACGGGCGGGGGAUGCGGGUGCUCUUCGGCGAGAACGUGUUCGCGUACGACAUGCGCGACCCGGCGGACCACGAGCCGGCGACGGCGGCGGUGCUCGGGCACGUGUUCAAGCGCGACGCCGUGCCCAUCGACGCGUACGGUCACCUGGUGCGCCACGCCACGGUGGUCGUGCCGGCGAACCGGCUGGGCACGCACGAGCUGCGCGCCGGCUUCGCCCGCGCCGUGCGCAAGUUCCUGCCCGGCGGCGGGCUGCGCGCCCCGGCCGCCCUGCACACCUUGACCCUGCAGCUGCCUGCGCUGUCGCGCCGCCACCUCGGCCUGCCCGGCGACCCGGACGCCGUGCCCAGCUGCGACCUCGUCGGCGGCGCCGUCCGCGCCGCCCUCUACCAGCUCGACGUCCAGCACCUCCGCCUCCUCGCCCGCGACAAGGACGGCCGCACCUUCGAGCACGCCGUCGACCUGCGCCACUACCGCAGCCAGAAGCAGGAGCAGGAGCAGCAGCAGCAGCAGGCGCAGCCGCCCGAAGCCAGAGACACCGAGGAGCACCGCGCCCGCUUCGCCCGCUUGGUCCGCACCGCCAGGGCGCGCAUCUACAACCUGCCGGUCCGGCUCCAGGAGCUGGCCGUGCUCGGCCUGCCCGAGGCGAACCGCGCGCGCGAGUACUGGAGGCCGGUGGACGAGCCCGAGGGCGGCGGCGGCCGCCGGUACGUCGGGGAGCUGCUCGCGCUGCCUAGCGACUGGAGGGAGUCGGGGCAGGUGUCGCGCGGAGGGAGAUCCACGACUCCACGCCUCGCCCCCACGGCCCCGAGACCACGGCGGCCGCGACCCGACGGGGCUGGGCUGACUGAGGCGUUCCUGGAAGAGGGAGCGGGAGUCGGCGCCGGAAGCGCGGGGUCUGACUGCUCGGCGUGACGGGCCCCGACGGAGAGAGAGAGACGGAAGAGCGCGGAGGAGAACGAUGCGUGAACUGGCGAGAAGCUGUUGCGUGAGUACUAGGAGAGUUGAUCGAUGGUUUCGCGCGGGUCCCUUCGAAGUGGGACGCGGUGCUUUUGCGGCUUUGCGUAGAUCUCGCCGAUGACUAGGGCCUCGUACGGUCCGCUAGGUAGUUGAGUGCGGUGGCUUUGAUUUUAGACAGACUAGGUAAGACAGAUGUGAGCGCAAAAAAAGGAAGAAAAAGAACUUAUUUUUGGCGGAUUUCAUUACCGGCCCCUUUGACGGGAGGUGAGAAGCCUUGACUAGGCGUCGUCGUGCUCUUUUCACUAUGGUAUAUAUCAUCUUGUGACCGGCCAUUAAGAGCUCCGCCAACAUCACGGCCUCCUUGACUAGUUUUCUCUCGCCUUCGUUCUCGACAACCGGUUAUGGGAAGCAGAUAUCGUAUCGGCGAAGAGUAUAUUCGAGUUUUUCUGGUCUAUAGGUAUUUCCGAAUCGCCCCG